AGUACAAAAAGGGCUGUAGAAACCACCGACCUAACUAAAAGUUUUGGCUGGGAUAGUUCAGAAGUUUGGCAACAGCAUGAUGUACAGGAGUUGUGUAGGGUUAUGUUUGAUGCCCUAGAAGUAACGUGGCGUGGCACUGACCAGGAAAAACUUGUCAAUCACCUGUACCAGGGCAAAAUGAAAGAUUAUGUCAAAUGUUUAGAGUGUGGAAAUGAGAGUGCUAGAAUAGACACAUACCUUGAUAUACCUCUAGUCAUACGACCUUUUGGAUCUACAACUGCCUAUAAAAGUGUUACAGAGGCAUUGGAAGCAUUUGUUCAGCCAGAGAUUCUAGAAGGACGAGAUCAGUAUUUCUGUGAAAAAUGUAAUAAAAAAUGUGAUGCCCAUAAGGGCUUAAAGUUUUUAGAGUUUCCAUACAUGUUGACGUUACAAAUGAAGAGGUUUGAUUUUGACUAUGCUACAAUGCACAGGAUCAAGCUUAAUGAUAAAAUGACAUUUCCUGAGGUGCUAAAUCUGAACUAUUUAAUUGAUGGUGUUUCUGAGGAAAGUACAGGGGAAGAGGAGGCCCCUCCUGUCACUGACAGUACGGGAAAAGACCAAUCAAUAGAUGAAGGUAUAGAGAUGGAGGUGUCCAGCUCGGCUGGAUCAAUCAAUGAAGAAUCUAGUCCCUCUAAUGACACUCUCAAUGACAGAAAUGCCCAGCAUUCAAAUGUCAAGGGUCCAUAUGAAUAUGAGUUGUUUUCUAUAAUGAUACACUCUGGUAGUGCAGCAGGUGGACAUUACUAUGCCUAUAUCAAAUGUUUGAGUGAUGGUCAAUGGUACAGCUUUAAUGAUCAACAUGUCUCUAAAAUAACCUAUGAUGAUAUAAGAAAGACAUAUGGGGGAAGUUCUACAACCAGGGGAUAUUAUUCUUCAUCAUAUGCUAGCUCUGCCAAUGCUUACAUGUUAAUGUACAGGAAAAUUGAUAAAGAAAAAAAUAUAGAUUUUAUGAGUGGGGAAGAAUUUCCUGAUCAUGUGAAAGUUGAGCUUAGAAAAUUAAAUGAUAAGGAAGAGGCAGACAGGAAACAAAAAGAAAUGGACAAGUCAACUUGCAAGAUAAAGAUUUUCUGUGUACAUCCUUCUCGGAAGAAGAAGCUGGACCAUAAAUUAGAGAUUCACAAAGAAAAAACCCUGUCAGAGGCUACAGAUCUAGCAUACAAGAUAUUUGAGUUGGAAGACUGUGUGACUAGAGACUGUUGUAGGAUUGUCAAAUAUGAUGAAUAUCAAGAUUCACUUGAGUGUUCUUUUGACAAUUCUGAUGAUGUUCCCAUGGAAACCUUACUGAAUGGAGUAAAACAGAGCUACAGUUUUGAUUUACUUCUAGAAACUAGAAGACCUGAGCAGAAAUUUCAGGAAUAUAAACCUGGAGGUGUAACAGUAAAGGUAUAUGUGGCAGAUUUGGAAAAGGAUAUAAUAAUAGAGCCUCCAGCCACUGUGAGGGCAUAUCUGGUACAAACAGUGCAAGAGUUCAAAACCCUUGUUGCCCAAGUUCUGGCAUUGAAUGAAGAAGAUAUGAGGUGUGUUCUGGAGCGAUUCCACAACGAUCUUAAACUUCUUCAUAUGCCUAAUAAAACUUUGAAAAGUGAAGGAUUUUUUAAGACAAACAAGGUUUAUAUAGAGUUAAAUGCCAGUGAGGAAGAUCGGAAUACUCAGUUUGAUAAAAGUCGUUUCUACAACUUGUUAGAUAGAUACCAAAAUACAAUCAAUAUUCAAGUCAGCUUGCCGUCACUGGCUGAGGUGGCUGACUAUAAAGCACACUCGUGCGCACGUGAAAAUUCUCCUCUAGGUCAAGACUCUGCUGUUGAAAGUGGUGUUAAUAGUUCAGCGAAUAGUGUUGAUAAUGGAAGUGAUAUGUGCAAUCAUGAACAACGUUUAUUUAGAUCAAGAGAAAAUCUAGCUAGCAGAGAUUCUUUCUGUCAGGACUUGGACACUGAAAUGAGAAAUCUUAAUCUACAAUCACAAUUAAGUCAAAGUGAUCCAAAUCUAUAUGGAAGUAGUAAACACUCUGAAGGGGUUUCAAAAGGUGAAAUUUUAAACAGUUUACAAAAUAGGGGUUCAAGGUCGUCCCUUGAAUGUCAGGACUCAAGGUCGUGUAGUCAAUCCACUCAAUCUACAAGUACGAGUGCUGAAUUCAGUUUAGGGAAUGUGAAUUCUGUUUGUGAAGGAAACUUAGAAUCACCCGAUGAAGUGUUAACAUCCCAUAGUGAUAAAGAUUGUGACCUUAAUGCGACCUUUAGUGAAAAAGGUCAAUGUGAUGACCUUGAAGGUGGAUUCAGUGAUCAUAAGGGAAAUUUAGGUAGUGGUGAACCUGUUGAACAUGUGUUUACGGAUUCUUUACCUAGUGAAAAUUUGCCAAGACCUACAAAUUCUCCAGAAGAUGAAGACAUAUCAGACUCAAAUAUUACCGGAACAUCGUACUGGGAGCGUCAAGGUCGGAGGCAGGCUACGACAGGCUGGGAUGAGUCAGCUAGCAGCACCUCGGCUUGUUUUGAUUCAAUGAGUAACAGUCAUGGUGAUGGGGAUAGCAUAGAAGAAAAAAGAUUUUUUCAGGCUGAGCUCUGUGAAACAGACCCUGAUCAUAGAAGUUUGUCAGUAUAUGUAGAUAAGAGGAUCACUCUUGGCUGUUUUAAGGGGGAGCUAGAAUCCUAUGUGGGCGUGUCUGCAAGUAACUUCAAGGUGUACAGAGUAUAUACAAACAAUCAGGAGUUUGAGAGUAUAAGACUCACAGAGACACUGUCCUUCCUAGAAGAUGGAAGGAUUAAUAUCAAACUGGGUAGAGCAUUAAAGAAUGGAGAAUAUAGAGUCAAAGUGUUUCAACUUCUAGUCAAUGAAUCCGAGCCGUCCAAGUUUUUAUUGGACACAAUAUUUGCACGUGGGAUGACAGUUUUAGAGUCCAAGAAGAUGAUCCUUCCAGAGAUAAAACAAGAACAUAAUUUAGAUAUACCACUUGAUAGGUGUCGGCUGAGGAAGAAGACAUGGAAGAAUCCAGGUACUAUCUAUGUUGACAAGCAGGUAUAUGAGGAAGAAAUACCAAUCUACCCAAACUGGGAAGUCUUUUUGGAGAUUCUUGAAGAACCAGAGCAGAUGUUGUCGUCUGCUCAACUAGCAGUUUAUCUGAGAAGAUGGUUCCCAUCAAAAUACGAGCUGGGUCCAUUCGAGGAGGUGGUAAUAACUGAACAGACUGUCGAGGAACUGAAGAAAAAGAUAUCUGAGUUACAUGGUAUGAACAUUGAAGAUAUUGAAAUUGCAAAGGGCAGAGGGACGUUCCCAUAUGAUGUAUCAGUACUAGAGAUUCAUACAGAUUUAGACUGGAACCCUGUUGUACAAGCUCUCGGCAUGUGGCCGUUGUAUAUAUGUGAUGACGGCUGUUUAGUAUACUAUCGGGAUAAAACAGAAAAAUUGGGAGAAUUGAGUGAUGAACACAAGAAGGAAAUUGAAGCUAAAGAAAAUACAAGGUUAUCCAAGUCUUCACAUAGAGUUACCUGCAGUCCAAGGAAAGAGAGAGCACUGAAGAUUUACACGGAGGAACCUUCUCCUAACAAUAGCUUGUCGGCAUCAAAUGCUUCCCCUGACCUUGAUUAAAUCCUAGUGUGCUAGAUGC